AUGAUCGGGGGAGGGGGGAACCCGUAUUACCUACAGAACCACCACCAGCAGCAGCAGCAGCAGCAGCUGUUCCACCAUGGCGGCCACGCCCUCGAUGCCACCAUGGACGGCGGCGGCGGCUUCAUGGCGGCGGCGGCGGCGGCGGCGUCCGGUUCCGCCGCCGACGCGCAGUGCCACGCGCUGCUCUACUACCUGUCCGUGCUCAGGGACAAGGUGCAGCAGCUGCAGCCGCUCGUCGGCCUCGCCCUCGCGCACGACGGGCCCGGGCCCGGCGCCUCCGCGCCAGGCGCCGGCGCCGUCAUCCAGGAGAUCAUCGCCGCCGCCUCCUCCAUGAUGUACGCCUUCCAGCAGCUGUGCGGCCACGGCGGCGCGGUGCCUGCGUCCGCUGCUGCUGCCGCUAAUAUCUCCGCGCAUCAGGCGCAGCAGGGCGGGAGUAGAAGCGGCGGCGGCGUCACCGCCGGCGCCCACGGCAACAACAACGGCCGCGACCACCACCAGCGCCAGCAGGCGGCUGUCAUCGACCACCACGUCAUUCAGCAGCAGUGGCAGCAGCACCAUCACCACCACGGCGACGGCUACGGCGGGCGUAUCGACGACAGCAAGACGGCGACACCCGUACCUUCGGCAGCCAUGCCAUCGUCAUCACAUCCUAGGCCGACGACGACGGCCGUGAUGAUGGCCGAGGACGAGGUCGUCGGCGCGGCCGGCACGAUCAUAGAGCUGGAAGCGGCGGAGCUGCUGGCCAAGUACACGCACUACUGCCAGGUGUGCGGCAAGGGGUUCAAGCGCGACGCCAACCUUCGCAUGCACAUGCGCGCGCACGGCGACGAGUACAAGAGCAGUGCGGCGCUGGCGAACCCGGCCAAGGCGGCGGCGGCUGCCGGGGGAGACGCCGCCACCACCAGCAGGUCGUUCUACUCGUGUCCGCAGGAGGGCUGCCGCUGGAACCGGAAGCACGCCAAGUUCCAGCCGCUCAAGUCGGUGAUCUGCGCCAAGAACCACUACAAGCGCAGCCACUGCCCCAAGAUGUACGUCUGCAACCGCUGCAACCGCAAGCAUUUCUCCGUGCCGUCCGACCUCCGCACCCACGAGAAGCACUGCGGCGACCACCGCUGGCUCUGCUCCUGCGGCACCUCCUUCUCCCGCAAGGACAAGCUCGUCGGACACCUCGCGCUCUUCACCGGACACCAGCCCGCCGUGCCGUUCGACAGGCAGCAGGCCAACGGCGGCAGGAGGUCGUCGUCGUUGUCGACGUCCACGCAGCUCGGUACGUAA